AUGCCAUUGCUUGAUGCUAUCGAAGCUUCACUCGCUGAGAUGAAAGAAUUACUGAAAUCUCACCUUCUCGGCAAUGACCGGUCUAUGACAAGAGACCCUGCCAAUGAAAUGCGAGCCAUGGGCAGUAAUUUAAACCCAGCAAAAGAUAUUAACGAUAGCAAAGCCAAAGCCACUAUGCACGUGCCCUCAGAGACAGAUAUAUCGGCAACCACCGACAUCCAACCAGCACCGAUCACAGUCGUCCGCCACGUUGGAAGUCUAAUCACCGAGCCCGUAAUAACCGGGGAAAACGACACGCUCCGGGGCCAUAUGACCGAAAUGGGCUUGGACUCGGACAACUUCGCCAGUGUUCUUCAGCACGGCUUCGAGCAGAUAACCUCAUGGUACCCACUUCCACAUGGAACCCUGGCGGUUCUCAAACAGGAGCAUCCUCUGCUCUUCGCCAUAUGUCUUCUAGCAGGUAUGCGAGCAACGGCCGGUCUAAACCGCACCAACUUGCACAUAACCCUUCAUACAUUGGUCAAGACCCACUUGGGCAAGAAGACUCUAGAUACGCCCAUCGAUCUCUCCACCAUACACGCCAUGCUUAUCUUCAGCGCCUGGAGCUUUGGGCCUCUCGUGCCAGGUGGUAGGUAUAUUGAUAGCUGGCUGAUGAGCAGCACGACCAUUACCCACUGCAUGCUCAGCUUUCCUCUAUCUGAGCUUGUGUCUCUGGUGGGCUUGCACGAUAAAACGAGUCGGAACAUGUGCAGGAUGUGGAUUCAGGCGUCGCUGGUGCAUCUGAAGUACGUACCCUUCGAAGUUACAGUGAUAAACCCCGUGAGACACGUGAAGAUCACAGCUGACUGGGUUUCAAGAUACGCAAUUGGCACCGGUCGGCCCUCAGUGGUUCCAUGCGAACGUCUUCAUCCGUGGACGGAAGUUGUCAAGUAUCCCGGGUUUGAAACGUUCGACCACAUCAUUGCAGCAGAGCUCAAGCUCUACAUUCACCUGUACGAAGCCAUCUAUCACACCGUCAGUUCAGUGUCAGAGGCUUGGGAGAUGGUCAAUGGAUGGGGACGCAAAUAUCUUGGAGAAGGCAACAGUAUCCUAAGAUGGGCGCACUGUUGUGCAUCACUCAUUUUAUCUCGAUGGGAACUAGCAAAGCAGAAUAAGUCCACGCCUCCCGACGCUCUGAUGCGCAAUGAGCGUAUCAACGGGCUGACCGAAACGGUCAUUCGUCAUGCUCAGCUGGUACUGAGAGAGAUCCUUGUCCUCUGUACCUCUGAUACUGCGUUUGUUAGACCAACAUACGACUACCUGCUUACCGCAUAUGCGGGCGUGACUCUAGCAGAGUACUGCGCGAGCAUAUCAGAUGUGCACGCGACAUAUACGUUGAUGGAAGAUGUUCGGACGCAGGCUAGGAUCCCCAAGAGCAUCGAGGGAGUAUUUAGCUGGGCGACGAAUGUCGUGCAGAAGAAGGCAAAGGAUCUGUUGGAUUCGAAAGUGGCAGUAGUUCCCGAUGACACCUUUUAUACAUAUGCAGGGCCGGUCGCAGACUGGGCGCCGUUUCGGUUUAUCGACUCGAUGCCUGCUUCUGAAUGGGACGGGAUGAAUGGCUCUAUGCAACAAUUUUGA